AUGCUAGGGCUGAAGGUGGCUAAGCCACUGGCCAAACCACGUGUCAAUGUGAAGAGUGCAGAGAGGAGUUUGGGCAGUUUGGCCAAAUCGUUUCCUUCUAGGUGGAAGGUGGAGGGGUCUCAUUGUAUCACCAACUUUCCCCAGAAAACCGCGUUUGCUGAAUAUGUGAGGAAACACCAGGACCCCAAAAGCCUCAAAUUGGCGUGUUUUGAUCUAGACGGGACACUCGUAAACACUAAGUCUGGAUCUAAGUUUGCUCGAGGGCCUGGUGACUGGUACUGGUUUGACAAUGCUAAGGCUAAGGUAACGGAGGAGAUUGAGAAGGGUACGAUAUUUGUGAUCUUUACAAAUCAGGGUGGCGUCAUUGCCACUCAGGGUGAACCGUCAAAAUCUUACACAAACUUGAAGGAGAGAAUCAACCAGGUAGUGGCUUCUUUGGGCCCGAUACUGGAUAAUGCCAUAGUGGUUGCAGCACCAAAAAGGCCAAAGGGGAAGCAAAAAGUGAUUAGCUCUGAAGAGAAACAUAACCGUAUGCGAAAGCCAGCCAUUGGCAUGUGGGAGAGGGUAGAGGAGUACCUCAAUAAUGUGUUUGAUGAAUGCGCCAUAGAUAAGGAGAAGUCCUUCUACGUGGGGGACGCAGCUGGAAGAGAGUUGGACUUUCUGGACUCCGACAAGGCAUUUGCAGAGGCUGUGGGUAUCCCGUUUCUUACUCCAGAGGAGUUCUUCAAGUGA